AUGAAUCAGAUACAGAAUGGAUGGUUCUCAGAGAUCAAUGACCAGUGGCCAGGACAAGCUCUCUCCCUUGAGGUGGAAGAAAUUCUUUACACAGGAAGAUCAAAAUACCAAGAUAUUCUGGUGUUUAAAAGGUAAGUAAACACAUUUUGAUCAAAAAGAAGCAAUUAUCAUGAUUUUGAUGUACCUUUCACGUAAAGCAGAACCCCGAUUGGCGGGCACCCACUUUACGUAAUUUAACACCCUGAAAACAAACAGUGUCGUUUGUCCUGAAGAAAUGCUUGUAUAUUUUCUCUAAAAUUAACCAGCUUACAACAGACUCCUGAGUUUAUACAGACAAUAGACUCAACAUUUGUUUGCCUUCCCAAGUAUAAACAAAUUCCUGUUAUAAUUGUGAACCCUUCAUGGGCACUAGCUUCUGUGCACUGUCUAAUGACUGAAUAUCUAACCUAUGGAGACCUAUGGAGGCAUUUCAACCUUAGAUAGAAGGGAGGUUAAAAUCGCAAAGGGACCCUGAUCUNAUACAGAAUGGAUGGUUCUCAGAGAUCAAUGACCAGUGGCCAGGACAAGCUCUCUCCCUUGAGGUGGAAGAAAUUCUUUACACAGGAAGAUCAAAAUACCAAGAUAUUCUGGUGUUUAAAAGGUAAGUAAACACAUUUUGAUCAAAAAGAAGCAAUUAUCAUGAUUUUGAUGUACCUUUCACGUAAAGCAGAACCCCGAUUGGCGGGCACCCACUUUACGUAAUUUAACACCCUGAAAACAAACAGUGUCGUUUGUCCUGAAGAAAUGCUUGUAUAUUUUCUCUAAAAUUAACCAGCUUACAACAGACUCCUGAGUUUAUACAGACAAUAGACUCAACAUUUGUUUGCCUUCCCAAGUAUAAACAAAUUCCUGUUAUAAUUGUGAACCCUUCAUGGGCACUAGCUUCUGUGCACUGUCUAAUGACUGAAUAUCUAACCUAUGGAGACCUAUGGAGGCAUUUCAACCUUAGAUAGAAGGGAGGUUAAAAUCGCAAAGGGACCCUGAUCUGAAUGAGUGUCUAAUCAGUGCCUUGAGCAGUAUAUAGUACUGAAAUGACAUUAAAGAACAAGUGCAGAAAUUCCAUAAUGAUGACGUAUCAAUACCCACAUCUGGAUAUAGUGCUUUUGACUGGAUGAGGCAAGUUUUCAACUUAUUAGAAUUAGCACUACGCUGAUCUGAGUAGUGAAAUAUCUUCAGUAUGGAAUUUCUGUACUCCUUCCCCAGAUAGCUUAUGGGUAAGUGGGCUUUUUUUCUCAGCCCAACUAUUGCAGGUGCCUUAUUGUAGCAGAUUCUCUUUGUGGUUUGCCUAUCAUUGGUCAGAAAAUGACAAAUCAGCAUAUGUUUAAUUACCUCUCAAAAUAAUGUCUUUCAGCAAACACCAUGGGAAAGUUCUCGUUCUGGAUGGAGUUAUUCAAUGCACUGAUAGAGAUGAAUUUUCUUAUCAAGAAAUGAUCACUUUCCUUCCACUUAAUUCUCAUCCUUGUCCCAAAAAGGUAAAAACUGGGCAUGAGUAUACAGAAGUUCAAUGUACAUGUAUUUGACUUUAUUCACUUAAAUGUUAUUAUUAUAACUUAAUAGCUUGCGAAUGUAGCUGUCAUUCCUCCGUCCUUGCCACUAAGUGUGACUUCAUUAAAAUAUUUAUGGAGGACUUCUGAUCCUUUUCCCUGUUUGAAAGUAUACUUUGAUUUGAUUUUUUUAAAAGAUAAAUUACGGUAGGCCUAUUUGGAGCUUUAAAUCUUUCUCAAAAGUGCAAGUACUUUGAAACAAAUAAUAUUAUGAUUUCAUUAAUUUUAUCAUCAUCUGUUGACCAGAGUCCACUAAAGGUGCUAACAAUGGAAUCACUGAAAAAGAAAAUGUUGUGUUGCCAAUUACCCAUAAAUUGUUGCUUGUCACACAGAAAUUACUAUUGUUUGUUUAUUGUUGAUCCCAUUUGUCAUCUUCAGGUUCUUGUUGUUGGUGGUGGUGAUGGAGGAGUCAUAAGAGAAGUGUCCAAGCAUCCAGCAGUUGAAUCCAUUGUGCAGUGUGAAAUAGAUGAGGUUAGUUAUCCCUAAAAGUUACCAUGUUUAAUAACAAACAAAACAUGGGCACUUACCAGAUGUGGGGCGUGAGUGGUUAGUAGCCUGUGUACAGAAGUCCCCCUUCCCUCAGAAAAAAAUCGGGAGAAGAGAUGUCUGUGAAUCGCUGUCACACCUCAAAUGUUCUUGAUGUAUUGGUCCAGAUUUUAAUGCCUGAUCUCUAUUGCCGUGUUUGAAGGGACAAGAAUCUUUUUGCCACUGUUUGUCAUUCUUUGGGCCCAGUUGUAUAAAAAAUAGGUGUAAAAUAAACAAGCAUCCCACCUAGCAGGAGGAAGGCGGGGCAGUAGCAAUACUUUUAUGAGUAUACAAGGGAUCAUCCAUGUUAUCCUUUUUCUGCAGGCUACGUUGUAGUCUUCUAAUAAUAUCAACUAUAGAUCACAUUGUUUUGAACAUUCAUUGAAGUAAAAAUUGAUGACUAUACCCUAUUAAUAUUAUUCUUUUUUAGAUGAGAUUUUAUUGCCACUAUUAAAUGUAAAGUUUUCUUUCUUAUACUGUAAGUUCAUUUAUACAUGUGUAUACAUGCAUGUCUGUCAGUAUUAUGAUUUGCAAUAUUAUAUUUUUUGUUUAUUCCUGGUGAGUUACUGUUAUACAAUUUUAUCUUAUCUUUGCUUCUCUUUGUAUUCACAUCAACCACAUAACCUCAAAGCUACUUUAAUCCUCUUGACCUCCUGUGCCACCACACACUCCACCGUCCCACUCAGCUUGAUCCAAGAUGUUGAACACAUCUGUUGGCCAUUCCAGAGUCACUGUCUUACUGUCUUUUUUUUAUCUGACAGGAAGUGAUUAACAUAUGUAAGAAGCAUUUACCUAAUAUGGCAAAGGGAUACAGUUCACCUAAACUGACUCAGUAUAUUGGAGAUGGCUUUGAUUACAUGCAGCAACAUGAAAAUGAAUUUGAUGUUGUCAUUACAGACUCAUCAGAUCCUGUUGGUAUGUAUCAUCAUCAUCAUCAUCAUCAUCAUCAUCAUCAUCAUCAUCAUUAGUUACAAGAAGUCUGGUUUGUGCGCCUGAUCUCUUACUGCAUCUUUUUCCCACCCAUUCAAUUUACCACUAACUUGUCUGUGUCAACAAAUUACCCCCAAAUCACUGAUUUCUUUCUGAAUCACAAAUCACACCUUCGGUGGGAAAAUUGACACAUCAGUUUUCUAAAAGCUCAGCUCUCACGUGAUAGACCUGUGUAGUUUUUAUAUUGAAAGAUUCCUUAUUAUUCGAGAAAUAAAUUUUUCAAAUGGAAGAGUUUAUAGCGGAUCUAAUACCUUAGCAUUUAUAAAGUUGUUUGCAUUGCUAAUUCAUUCAUAGCGUCGGCUUGUUAACUUCCUCAAGACGUAAGACACGUUACGAAACUACGACGAUGACGGCAACGGAAGCUUAAGCAACACAACAACUCUGCACGUGCAUCACGCUUUUUUGUACAUUUCUUUGUAGUCCAUGCACAACUUAGUCUGCUACACAGGGUUUUUAGUGUCGUCAUGCAACGCCUCUCCCCACUAACUAGUGGGGAGGAGCGUUGCGUGACGACGCUAAAAACAGUUGUGCAGCAGACUAUGCACAACUACGAUGCAGUGAAAUGACCAGAUUUUAAGUUUACUCGAGAACGGGAACGGGAAUUCCACCAUCACUGCCUGAACUCGGGUGCUUCAACUCCAACAUAAAUUCCCUUCAUUGAAGUACAACUGCAACAGCACAACUUGGGGUAAUCGCGAAAUAGUUUGAAAUGAUGCAUAGUCUAUUUUACAGCGACUUUUUCGUGGACAUCGAUCGCCGUUGUCAGAUCGUAAGUCCCCUAUAAUGCCAACUAUGCGAAUGACAGCAACGCAAAAGACUCUGCACAUGUUAAAAGUUGUGGCUGAAAGUCCUCUGCUUGCUUUUUCAAUUUAUUGAUUUGAAAAGUUUAAGGUUUAAUAAAGCGAAAUUGUGUAAGUUAUAGUUGUAGCAAAGCAAAUGUGGGCGGGCAUUGCAAAAUGUGAAAUCAAAGUGAAAUACCAGUUUUUUUGUUGUUAGCAGGUUGUUUUUUUAAUUGUUUUGUUAAUGGUUUCACCACAGGCCAUGAAUGAAUGUUAAAAUGUUACACUGUACUUUCCCUGUCUUCNGGAGGAGCGUUGCGUGACGACGCUAAAAACAGUUGUGCAGCAGACUAUGCACAACUACGAUGCAGUGAAAUGACCAGAUUUUAAGUUUACUCGAGAACGGGAACGGGAAUUCCACCAUCACUGCCUGAACUCGGGUGCUUCAACUCCAACAUAAAUUCCCUUCAUUGAAGUACAACUGCAACAGCACAACUUGGGGUAAUCGCGAAAUAGUUUGAAAUGAUGCAUAGUCUAUUUUACAGCGACUUUUUCGUGGACAUCGAUCGCCGUUGUCAGAUCGUAAGUCCCCUAUAAUGCCAACUAUGCGAAUGACAGCAACGCAAAAGACUCUGCACAUGUUAAAAGUUGUGGCUGAAAGUCCUCUGCUUGCUUUUUCAAUUUAUUGAUUUGAAAAGUUUAAGGUUUAAUAAAGCGAAAUUGUGUAAGUUAUAGUUGUAGCAAAGCAAAUGUGGGCGGGCAUUGCAAAAUGUGAAAUCAAAGUGAAAUACCAGUUUUUUUGUUGUUAGCAGGUUGUUUUUUUAAUUGUUUUGUUAAUGGUUUCACCACAGGCCAUGAAUGAAUGUUAAAAUGUUACACUGUACUUUCCCUGUCUUCCUUUUAUAAACCUAUGGUCAAAAGAUGGUAAUCAGUGUCACUCCUUGAAUGUUGUUUGCAUUUUAUUUCCAGAAAACAUGUCUGGCAAAUUUGUCUCUUAACAAACCAUGUAGCAUCAUGAAUAUCUUCCCUGUAUUUUAAAAUUGUUCUCUUUUUCUAUUGCGUUAGGUCCCGCAGAAUCUCUUUUUAAAGAAUCAUAUUAUGAACUUGUGAAAAGGGCCCUAAAACCAGAUGGUCUUCUCUGUUCGCAAGGUAGUCACUCAACUUUUACUCUAGAUGCACUUUGUGGUAGUAUUUAAACUGCACAAGCGGAUUUAAUUCUCUAUAGCCCAUCUCUUAUCGCUUUUUCCUCCUGUAGACUAGAUAUUUUGUUUAAAAAAAAUCUUCCUUGCAAAAGUACUUUGACUAGAUCAUCAUUUCAAAAUAAAAGGUACGUUUAUUUGUUCAGGUACUCUUGAUUAGUAGACCCCCUCACAGCACCAGAAAGAUCGACCGGGCAUUUUGUUUACGUUUUUUAUGGACCUCCAGAUUCAAGAUAUGAUUGUUCGAUCAAGACUGGACAUUAUUGAACUUCUUGAUGAUAAAACGAGUUGGGGUUGGGGAGGGGCGGAUUCGACAAGACCAAGACUGUCAUCCAUGAAGUAGCGUGUGUGGCUUUAACAAAUUAAUUAUCACUCUAAUAGUCACGUGGUUAUACUUUGAAGUGUGAUAAUGUAGAUAAAAGACAUUUGUCCGGCCACUAACUGGUUUUCCGGGCAAAGAUAGGUUUGACCGGGCAACUUGCCCAGCACCAGCCGGGAAAUAAUUUUAAAACCUGACUAAGGUUUUUUAAAAAUGUCAUGAUGAUUGAUUUGCCGUUCUUGUUUAUUAGUGUGUAUUUCAUAUUUAAUUUACCAGGAGAAUGCAUAUGGCUUCAUAUACCGCUUAUAAAGUCUGUGUUAGAAUUCAGUAGAAGAUUAUUUCCUGUGGUUAGUUAUGGCUACACUACAAUACCCACCUACCCCAGUGGACAAAUAGGAUUUAUACUCUGCAGCAAGAAUAAGGUAGGAGGCAUUUAGAAUUGAUUUUAGGCGACGCUCACACGGCAUCGGAUGAAAUUUCUACCGGGUGAAAAAUUUAACCGGACAUUUGUUCACACGGAACGUUCGCCCAGUUCACACACAACUUUGACCGGCUAGGAAUCUAAAUUUCCGUCCGCGGUCAAGGUUGUUCCAUGUGAACGGAAUACCUAAACCGUUCGAAGGUUCAUCCGUUUCCGUGUGAACGUAGACGAGUUCAGCAUAAAACCAGAGUAUAGAAGAAGUGGUUAUUCAUAUUCGAGCCUUUUUCCUUCGGCAGCCAGGAAAGACACAGGUAUGAAAAAAAUAAUGUUUUGUAAGCUGGUUGUUUGAUAAAGUUGAAAUAACUAUCAUGUGACGAGUUUGUGACUAAUGGAGUUAAAUAAUAUUAAUGGCGAACAGGUAUUUCAACUUAGAAAGUUUCCAAAUCAUGUUUUCAAUAGCCUACUUCCGGGUUGCCCCUACAGGGUGUAGCCUCUUUUUUAUAAAACUAUUUAUCUUUUUUUCUCUACCUCUAUUUUAUCGUAUAUCCUUAUGCCAGUUGUGCUUUUAUUUUUAGGACACAAGAUUUGAUAAUCCAGUUACUCUAUUUACGGAUGACGAACUUGAAAAAAUGGAGCUUAGAUAUUAUAAUGCGGAAAUUCACAAGACAGCAUUUACCUUACCUCAGUUUGCAAAGAAGGUAAUUUCCAUUUCUCGUGCUAUGGUAGAAUAG